ACAUAUGUCACUUCAUGCGCCCAUGUUGUUAAUGACGCACAUAAAGCACGAGUUGCUGUAACUACCACGGCAAACGCAUACAUUAAUUCACUGUGAAACAUGAAAGUUAAAGUUAUUUCCAGAAAUCCGGACAAAUAUUCCCGUGAAACGAAACAGGACAUUCACAAAUGUUUUCGUAAUUAUGACCGCGAAUUACACCCUUUCCAAAGCACAAGGGAAUACAUACGAGCCUUGAACGCAACCAAACUGGAACGAGUGUUUGCCAAACCGUUCGUCGGAAAUCUGGAUGGACAUCGUGAUGGUAUUGCGGUAAUGUCGAAAAGCUAUUCAAAAAUUUCGCUAGUUGCAAGUGGCACUUACGACGGUGAAGUAAAGAUAUGGUAUGUAGCGAAUAAAAUGUGCCUAACGAGCAUUAAUGCUCAUACGGGCUACUGCCGUGGAAUUUCCUUUUGUGGCGAUGGAAGCAGAAUCAUCACGAUCGGAGACGACAAAAAGAUAAUGACAUGGAGUUACGACGUCGGCCAGCAAGAAGCCGAAACACUGAAGCCAUCAAACAUGAUUGUAACAAAAACUGUCCUAGCCUCUUUGUCCCACAGUUUUGAGGGUCCAUGGUUUGCAACAAGCGGUGAAACCUGCCACAUAUGGGACGAAAGUCGAAACGAACCUCUGAAGGAACUGAAAUGGGGUGUUGAUUUGCUGCAGGAUAUCAAGUAUAAUCCUACGGAAACAUCUCUCCUUGCCGCUUGUGGUUCGGAUCGUGGAAUUAUUUUGUACGACCAGCGUGAAACGAAACCUAUUCGCAAAAUAAUAAUGACCUUGCGCUCCAAUCAACUUUCCUGGAAUCCCAUGCAAGCGUUCCAUUUCACUGUGGCCAAUGAGGAUCAAAAUUUGUAUACUUACGAUACCCGUCAAUUAACGCAUCCUUUAAAAAUACAUCACGGUCAUGUCGGAUCGGUUACAUCUGUCGAUUAUGCCCCAACAGGCAGAGAAUUCGUUUCCGGAAGCUACGAUAAAACCAUACGCAUCUUCGACGCUGCAAAGGCUAACAGUAAAGAAGUGUACCAUACGAAGCGUAUGCAACACGUAACAUGUGUAAAUUGGAGUAUGGAUAAUAAGUUUAUAUUCUCUGGAUCCGAUGAAAUGAACAUACGUGUUUGGAAAGCAAAUGCAGCUGAAAAACUGGGAGCGCUACAGAUGCGCGAGAAAAAUGCAUUCAAUUACAACGCGGUACUAAAGGAAAAAUAUGCUGCACAUCCUUCCAUCAGACGCAUUGCCCAACAUCGCCAGGUACCGAAAAUGGUAUACAAUGAACAGACAAAACAACGUGCCGCGAAGCAAAGGGAGAAACGAAAAGAGGAAAACAGGCGCCAAAAUUCGAAACCUGGUACCGUACCGUAUGUGCCAGAAGCCAAGACGAAAAUUGUCAGUACGGAACAAUAAUUUAAGCUGAGAAGUUUAUUUUCAAAUUAAACCAUAUAUCUUGUUCAAAUCAGAUGUAUAAGUUAACACAUCCUUUGUUUCUUGAAUAUAAUUUGAUAAUAAAAUUAUGUACUAUUUAACUAA